GCCCAUCUCUGCUAGUCAUCGCCAUGCACCUACCAGGAGAGUCCAGGUGAAGCUCUAAUCUUUUAAAGCUAUAACAAGAUUUCUAAUGAGUUCCUGCAACACAUAAAUAAAUGUGUAAGGUCACAGAGUGAAGAUUCGUAUGCCCACCUCCACAGACCAGGUAUGUGAUAGAGAGAUACUCAGCCAGUCAUGUGUCACAGACACUCACUGCUGACCACAAACUACCACAGAGAAGCCUCCAUUCACUGUGGACUGUCCUGAGACUAGUAGAGGUGGUCUAGUAGCUGGAGCCUCCCAGGAGGUAGAUGAAGAGGAGACUGGUUGCUACUGGAGAUCAUGUUUAAUUUUUUAGAUGUUUUUACAUUUAAAUUGAUGAUCUGAAUCAAACUCCAUGGGCCUUUAGAGAUCAUAACAAAUAAGAUCUUCUGAACGUUUAGUUGUCCGUCGUCUUCUACUGAAUCCUAUCCCAGGUGCACCAGGCAGGAUGCAAGAUGAACAGGUAAACAGCAACAGGUCACCUGCGAACUCCACAUAGAAAGCCCCUCAGCCAGCUGAUGGGUUCAAACCUGGGACCUUCUUUCUGUGAUGUGAUGAUGCCAACCACCAAACCAUCAUGCUUCCAAACUUUUAGCACAACAUAUUUGUCUUUUAAAUUCAUAUACUCAUAUACACUUUUUAAUUUUUUGCCUGUUAGAUGUUCUUAGAAGACAUCUAAACACAUGCUUAUAGAAUCUGCAUUAUGGGACAUAAACAAUGCUUUUUCUUACCUCAUUUUCACCAGACCUGCUGAGCAGAUAGAGUGGACCGGACUUUUUCGAAGGGAUGCCUUAAGUGAAAGGGGCUAAAAAAAAGCCUCUCUGGUCAAAGGUGAAAAAAGUAAAAAUCACUAAGGAAGAAAACUGACCGGUUUCUCCAGGAAGAGCAACUUUCCCAUCCACGAGAGAAGAGGAGGGGAGAGGAGAGGAGCGCGGUGCCCCCCGACAGUUUUCUGACAAUGGCAGUGAAUGUUUGCGCACCGCGGUCACUGGGACAGUCAAAGCACACCGCCCCCUUUCUAACGGGCACGUCAUCCUCCUAACUAGGCGUUAUGAAUAGGAAAGCCGCUUUUGUCUGUCCGCGCGUAUAAAUACCCACAAUCAGUGUCCUCCUCACCGCAGAGUUACAGAGACACACGCAGAGAGAAAGUCGACAGACACUGACGCAAAGUGGGCACCGAUGUGAUAAGGACAGAAGCGCGGGACAGGAGGGAUACAGGCAACAUCAGGUGACCAGAGUGACUAAAGGCUUCGGAAAAAGAGAGAAAGGGAGAGGCAGAGAGUAAAAGCUGAGAGGGGAGAGAGAGGGGAGAGAGUGAAAGUGAGAGUGAGAGAGAGAGAGAGGGAGGAAGCCAGCAGCGACCUCCUACCCAACAACCUCGGAAGCAAACUCAUAAAAUGAAUUCAGACUCCAGCCCAAGCAGCAGAGCCUCAUCCCCGGACAUGGACGGCAUGUUUCUCCGUGACCACCACCCGCAUCACCAUCACCAUCAUCACCACAUUGGCUCCUCCGUGUCCUCCUCCACGCAGAGUGGCGAGCAGCAGCGCCAGAAGAUGACCGGCGGCGAGCACCUGCGCUCAGGAGAAGCAAAGUCGGCGUCGGUGGGAAGCAGCAGCAGUAGCAGCAGCAGCAGCAGCAACAAGUAUAAACUGAAGAAGCAAGUCACCGAGGAGGAAAUGUACCAGCUCCGCCUCAAGAUUAACGGCAGGGAGAGGAAGCGCAUGCACGACCUCAACCUGGCCAUGGACGGCCUGCGCGAGGUGAUGCCCUACGCGCACGGGCCCUCAGUGCGGAAGUUGUCCAAGAUCGCCACGCUGCUUCUGGCCAGGAACUACAUCCUGAUGCUCACCAGCUCCCUGGACGAGAUGAAGCGGCUGGUAGGGGAGAUAUACGGAGGGCAGCACUCAGCCUUCCACUGCGGCACGGUGGCGCACGGCGCCGGCGGACACUCCGGAGGUCCCGCCGCUGCCGCCGCUGCAGCAGCCGCUGCCGCUCACCAGGUGCACCCUCUUCUCGGGAGCGCGCUGUCUUCUUCCACGUCCUCCACUCUGUCCAGCGCGCUGCCGGGGCUCACGUCCAUCAGAGCGCCCCACUCCCUGAUGAAGGGCGCUCCAACUGCGCCCUCGGCCCUGCAGCUGGGCUCCGGUUUCCAACACUGGGCUGGGCUGCCGUGUCCCUGCACCAUCUGCCAGGUGCCUCCGCCUCCUCCACACAUCCCCAUCACCUCCACCGGCCUCACGAGACUCUCAGGGGAGGGGAAAGACGGGAUGAAAUGAUGCCCGUGUGUCUGAUGAGCAGCAGAGACUGAGAGAUGUAAUGAUGUUUGUAAAUAGAUAAUUCAGGGCAUGAGGGGGAAUUUGGCCUCACUGGUGCAUGUCGUUGUUUAGUCUGUUUUCUUGUUUGGCGUAUAAGAGAAAAGCCUUUUUCCUCCUUGUAACAAGGACUUAGACUAUAUAUAUAUAUAAAGACUACUGAUUUUUGCCAGUUGAUGGUAAAAAAAAAAUGGAAAGAAAAUAUCUCAUGCAAAGAGACACACCACGCUCCUCCUGUGUUUAACUGAGUCUUCGUUUCACAUCACAUUGAGAAAGGUGAAGGAGGCAGCAUGAACAUUUUAAUUUUGCUUCUUUCUUUUUCUUUUUUAAUAUUUUUUAAAUAUAUCAAGCGUCAUUUUGUGAAAACGAAGAAUGCUCUCUGUGCCUUGUACCAAGGAUUUUAAAGUUGAGUUCUAUGUAAAAAUAAAUAACAUGUUUGUGUUUGGCUAAAACGAUUCUGCCACCACGGAAAUUUGUUUUAAAAUUUUUUAAGAUUUAUUUUUAAAAAAGUGGCUCACUGUGUGUCGAUUUGUGCCCUGAUUUCUAUUAAUUUCUAUUUUGAUUUUAACUUCUUUUUUUUUUUGCAUGAUGGUGUAAUUUUCACAGCAUGAUUGUUUUUGCUGAAAUGAAUUUGUUAUGCCCAGAGACCCCGUGUCUUUAUUUUUGUACAUUGUUGAUGACUGAUGAAAUAUUUAUUAUCGCCCAGCGUCACUGGAUGAAAUUUCAAUAAA